GGGCUAAAACGCACUAGCGGCCUGCCGCGAUGCGGUAUGCCGAUGCGGCAGGCCGCAGCAUAUACGGUCAGCCGUAACGGCACGCCGUAUUCCGGCUAACCGUAUGGUCUUGGCUCACUGCGGUCUGCCGCAAUCGUCAGUGCUUCUAGAAAUUUUGCACAUGAUGGACGUUGAGGAAGUUGCGGCAGUCAUUUAUUUAUAUCAUCGUAGAAAAUAUCGUCAAAAAAAUAAACAUAGAUUUUGGAUACAUCCUCUAUUGGUGACACGACAUGACGGCAAAGAGUUUAAUAUUUUUAUUUCAAACCUAAAGAAAUUUGAAGAUAAGUUCUUUGGAUACACUAGGAUGUCAGUAAAAUCGUAUGAAGAAUUAUUAACAAAACUAUAUUUAAAUAUUCGUGGCCAGGAUACACGAUUUCGGAUAUCUAUAUCCCCGGAAGAAAAGCUCAUUAUAACCAUCAGAUAUUUGGCAACCGGAUGUACAUUCGCUGAACUACAUUACACAUUUCGAAUUGGUGCGAGUACAAUAGCUGAAUUUGUUCGUGAAGUAUGUUCGGCAAUAUGGUUACUGUUAAAAGAAUCUUGUUUACCGAAGCCAUCUCAACAAAGAUGGCUAGAUAUUGCAAAGGGUUUCUCUACAAGAGCUAAUUUUCCGAAUUGCAUUGGGGCUAUAGAUGGGAAACACAUACGGGUAAUAAAGCCGUGCCAUAGUGGAUCCAUGUACUACAAUUAUAAGCAGUUCUUUUCCAUUAUACUUAUGGCUAUAUGCGACAGUAACUACAAAUUCAUAACAAUAGAUGUCGGUGCUUGUGGCAAAUUUGGAGACUCAGCAGUUUAUCAACACUCUAACUUUUACAAAAAAAUGAUAGCAGGAGAACUUGAGAUACCAGAAUCAGUACCCAUAUCACAAGUAAAUACUAUUCCAAUGCCAUAUGUUUUAGUAGGCGAUGAAGCCUUUCCCUUAUCCACGAACUUAAUGCGACCUUAUGCAAAACCAAAAAAUUCUAAUUUAAACACUACUAAGAGAAUAUAUAAUUAUCGGCAUAGUAGAGCACGGCGAUAUGUCGAAUGUUCGUUUGGAAUACUGAGCAAUAAGUGGCGUAUAUUCCAUAGACCUUUAAAUGUGGAUAUUAGUUUGGCUACUGAUAUCAUCAAAGCAUGUUGCAUUUUGCAUAACUACGUUCGAGACAGAGACGGUUAUAACUAUGAAGAUACUUUAACAUGUUACAUGUCGCCUGAUGUACCAGAAACUCCGAGAACAUAUAAUCGAAUAGGUAAUAAUAUCGCUGAAAGAAUUCGUGACUCUUUCGCUCAGUAUUUUGAACAUGAAGGUAAAUUGGAAUGGCAAGAAAAAUAUAUAUAAGUAAAUAUAAUGGCAUUAAUCCGCAAAAUCGCAGGAAAUUGCGAAUAAAAAGUAGGUAUGAUGAUUGUAACAUUGUAACCAUGAUUAAUAAAUAACGUAACUUACCGA